AUGGCUUUUUUUGCGAUGCAAAUGGAAAGGAUGCAGAUUGUUAUUUAUUAUCUGGAAAAGCACUUUUUUCAAACACGCAGCCUUGACAAUAUUUUAUUGCUUAAAGUAAUUAAAUUAUGGUUUACAGGUGCUUCUUGUGGUCUAAUGGCGCACAUAUUAGGCUGCAGUAAACAAAAUAUAGUCAAUACCAUAAAUAAACUACAGAUCUUUAAUACUUAUGAGCGUUAUUUUAAAGACGUAAAACAAAUUUUUGAGGAAACAACAUUGUUGAAGAAAUCGAUGAAUCAAAAAUAG